AAAGAGCUGUAGUUGGGGAAGGAGAGGGGUGGCUGCAAGAGGAAACAAAAUAACCCUACAGCUCUCUUAAGUGGUCUCAAAGUUUAAUUGUUUACCAGCUUUUCUCACUUGGGUCCCUUAACUCGUGAAGUAGAGCCAGUGAGUAGCUGGGCUUGUCAAACACAACUAGAGGUUUGGCUGUUCUUCUCUAUCUGUCCUUGAAGAGACUUCUCUUGAAUCUUGCAUUGGUUUGGAGGGAAAAAGGCAUGAAGGAUGAAAUAGCUGCUACCGUCUUCUUCAUCACGCGCUUGGUGAAAAGGCACACCCAGUUGAGUAAACAGCAAAUGGAGAAGUUUGUGUCCAAGUUGAUGACUACUUUGUUUGAGAAGUACAAGGGCCACUGGUACCCUGACAAUCCCUCAAGAGGGCAAGCCUUUAGGUGUAUAAGGAUAAACCAGUUCCAGGCAAGAGACCCUCUACUGGACCAGGCAUGUUUGGAGAGCAAUGUGGACUUUGACAGCCUUGGCUUACCAAAGGAGAUUACCAUUUGGGUCAAUCCAUUUGAAGUAAGCUGCAGAUAUGGUGAGAACAACCCCCCUUUCACAGUGGCUCACUUUGAAGGCAGCACAGAGCACCAUGACAUCCCUCAGCGCAUCAGGCAGGCUGUGGACAAGGCGGAGACACUGGAUUGCCCCUCCAGCACCUUCUCUGAUGAGCAGAGCUCUGCUGGAGAGCCCAAAAGCAUCCCCACCAUCAGCAACCCGAACAGUGUCUACCAGGUGAGAGAGCAGCCCACGAUGGAUGAGGCUGUUAGAGCCUGGCAGAACAUGGAGAAGCUGAUGCUGUCAGUUGCUAGAGAUGAUGGUGGAGGCGGAGAGUCUUAG